AUGGAACAGGUGAAUCAAUUAAAAGAAAAGGGAAAUGCGGCCUUAUCUGUAGGGCAGUAUGAGACUGCCAUUUCACAUUAUACGCAAGCCAUAAACUUGGACCCUAACAACCACGUUCUGUAUAGCAACCGUUCUGCAGCCUAUGCGAAGGCAGAAGACUACGCUUCAGCGCUUGUGGACGCCAACAAAACUGUUGAAUUAGCCCCUACGUGGAGUAAAGGCUAUUCUCGGAAAGGCUCAGCACUUGCUUUUUUGGGGAAAUUUGAUGAGGCUAUUGCUGUUUACGAGAAGGGUCUAGAACUCGAGCCAGGAAAUGCACAAUUGGCUGCUGGUCUGGAGGAGGUUAAGAAACAAGCUUCUGAACUUCAACUGAAAACAGAACAGCUGUUUCAAAAGCUUAGGGACAAUCCUGCCACAAAAGACUGGUUGAAUGAUCCGGAAUAUGUUGAAACUGUAAAGAAAGUAGUCCAGAAUCCCUUUGACACAGUAGGACUUCAUAGUAAACUACAAGACGAGCGCAUCCUCACAACAAUCAGCAUUAUGUUGGGUCUGAACUUCCAUACUCCAAUGGACGUCGACCCACCAGCUCCAGAACGGAAGCCCGCUGCGGCGCCACCAAAGCCUGCAGAAGAACCACCAAAAGAUAAAUAUGAAGGUUUACCAGAGAAUCGAAAACUGGCUCUACAGGAGAAGGACCAUGGGAAUGAAAGCUAUAAGAAAAAAGAUUUUGAAAAUGCUUUAAAGCAUUACCAAAAGGCAAUAGAUAAUGAUCCAACAGAUAUCACAUUUUAUACAAAUAUGGCCGCUGUACACUUUGAACAGAAGGAAUAUGAGAAGUGCAUUAAAGAAUGCGAGAAGGCUAUCGAAAUUGGUAGAGAAAAUAGGGCAGACUUCAAAUUAAUAGCCAAGGCCUUCACUAGGAUUGGUAAUGCAUAUAAAAAGAUGGAACAAUGGAAACUAGCAAAAACUUACUUCGAGAAGUCCAUGUCUGAACACCGCACCCCAGAGAUCAAGACUUUGCUCAGCGAAGUGGAAAGACGAAUAGUCGAGGAGGAGAAGAAGGCCUAUGUGGAUCCUGUCAAGGCUGAGCAGGAGAAAGAACUUGGCAAUGAGUACUUUAAGAAAGGUGACUAUAGCAUGGCAGUCAAGCAUUAUACUGAAGCCAUAAAACGCAACCCGGACGAUCCAAAGUUGUAUUCCAACCGCGCGGCAUGCUACACCAAGUUGGCCGCCUUCGACUUGGGCCUGAAGGACUGCGACCAGUGCUGCAAGCUUGAUCCUAAGUUCAUCAAAGGGUGGAUCAGGAAGGGAAAGAUUUUACAGGGUAUGCAACAACACUCCAAAGCCCUCACCGCAUAUCAGAAGGCUUUAGAACUGGACCCCAACAACGCUGAGGCGCUGGAAGGUUACCGCGCGUGCUCUACGCAACUACACUCCAAUCCUGAGGAGGUGCGCAAACGUGCCAUGUCUGACCCCGAAGUCCAACAAAUACUUCGCGACCCAGCGAUGCGUUGCAUCCUCGAACAGAUGCAGCAAGAUCCUCAGGCUCUACAGGACCAUCUCAAGAACCCAGAUAUUGCCGCCAAGAUCCAAAAGUUGUUAGAAUCUGGCCUCAUCGCUAUUCACUAA